AGCAGCCUAGGCACCUCCCCCUCAUGCAGCAAACACAAGUUUAGACACUGCAAGGAGAUACAAGUACACUAGUGUUGUGUUCCAAAACGAGGCGAUGACGGGACCGAUGGAGAUUCCGGUGAUCGACCUCGGCGGCCUCAGCGGCGGCGAAGAGCAGAGGUCGUGGACCAUGGCGCGGCUCCACGAGGCCUGCAAGGACUGGGGCUUCUUCUGGGUGGAGAACCACGGCGUGGAUGCGGCGCUCAUGGACGAGGUGAAGCGCUUCGUCUACGGCCACUACGAGGAGCACCUCGAGGCCAAGUUCUACGCCUCCAACGUCGCCAGGAACCUGCCGGCCGAAGACGGUGGCGGCGAGCCCUCCGACGAGGUGGACUGGGAGUCCACCUACUUCAUCCAGCACCGCCCCAGGAACAACGCCGCCGACUUCCCGGAGAUCGCGCCGGCGGCCAGGGAGGCGCUGGACGCGUACAUCGCCCAGAUGGCGUCCCUCGCGGAGCGCCUCGCCGAGUGCGUGAGCCUCAACCUGGGCCUCCCCGGAGGCCACGUCGCCGGCGCCUUCGCGCCGCCGUUCGUCGGCACCAAGUUCGCCAUGUACCCGCCCUGCCCGCGCCCGGAGCGAGUGUGGGGCCUGCGCGCGCACACCGACGCCGGGGGCAUCAUCCUGCUCCUCCAGGACGACGCCGUCGGCGGGCUCGAGUUCCUCAGGGGCGGCGCCGAGUGGGUCCCCGUCGGCCCCACCAGGAGCGGCCGCCUCUUCGUCAACAUCGGGGACCAGAUCGAGGUCAUCAGCGGCGGCGCGUACCGGAGCGUCGUGCACCGCGUCGCGGCGGGGAACGAGGGACGGCGCCUGUCCGUGGCCACGUUCUACAACCCCGGCCCCGACGCCGUGGUGGAGCCGGCGGCGAGGGGGGACGCGGCGGCCCUCUCCUACCCUGGGCCGUACAGGUUCGGGGACUACCUCGAGUACUACCAGGGCACCAAGUUCGGCGACAAGGACGCCAGGUUCCAGGCUGUCAAGAAGCUGCUCGGCUAAGCCAGCAACGAUGCUUUCGUUCAUGGAUAUAUUGUUCUGCGUCUCGAUUCCGUGCUUUGCUUGUUGAUCCAUGGCCUGCAUUUGGGUUAGUUGCGUGUUUGUUUUAGCAAAUCUUUUACGUGAUGGUUAGUGAUUACCUGUAAGCAUUCUGCGGUUGACUAAUGGUGCGGCCGUCAAGAGCUUGUUUGCAGUUUGCACAUCAUCCAUUGUCUUCCGAAUUCCGAUACAAAUGGAUUACGGU